AUGCCAGACAACAUGUUUUCAUAUCUUCUGGUUCUCCUCUCUUAUAUAGGCAACGCCAUUGCUCAACAAGCAGGACCGGUCUACUCGCCUUUGCGACCACCUUCCAUCCCUCUCGCAGUCCGCUCCCCAUACACCAGUGCUUGGAGCACAACCUCUGGCGGCAGUACGCUUAACAGUCAAAACGUCACCUUCUGGACUGGCGAUCCCAUAGGAUGGAGUGGCAUCAUACGCGUAGACGGAACGGCUUAUGAAUACAUGGGAGACUCGCCCUCCGUACAAGGUCUCGAGAAAGCAACUCCACUUACUGUAUCUUACGACUCCCACUACAGUAACUUUACAUUCGACGCUGGACCUGUGCGAUUAGAGGCGCGAUUCUUCUCUCCUGUUCUACCAAAAGAUCUUUGUAAGAGCAGUAUUCCGCUCAGCUAUCUGGAAGUCGAGUGGGCCGCCACCGACGAGCUCUCGCAUAAUGUACAGCUCUACUCAGACAUCGAUUCUAGCUGGCUUGCAGGCGGCAACAUUUCAUCCGACUGGACCAUCAACUGCCCUGCUUCAAGGGAAGCACUCAUUGUGGAUGAGCUUUCAUGGUCCGAUCGUGGCCACAAGCAAGAACCAUACUGGGGCAGCCUACACUACGUCUCUUCUCCCGGCAUGAGCACCAACUUCGAUACUGCGAACGGUUUAGCAACCACUAUACGACAGCAGUUCGUCAAUGGCGACACAGUGGAUAAUUCUUUCGAUCAGAAUCAGUCUCGGGGACCAUCACCUGAUCAAAUGCUAGUGUUCGGUUUCUUGCAUAAUUUUGCGUCUAGUCAAUCCGGGUCAGCGCUGUAUACUGUUGGCACGACUCAAGAGCCUGCUGUGAACUACCGCACUGCUAGCGGGGACGUCGAGCUCCGACCAUGGUGGCUUACGAGCAACUGCUAUUAUAAUACUAACAACAUGAUCCGCAGGCAUUACCAAGACUACCCAGCUACCGCAAAAGAGGCCAAAUUUUGGACCAUGAAGCUGCGAAAUGAUGUGGAGUACUACUAUGCCGAGGAUAAAGCGACAGAUAUGCAUGCAGAAGUAGCCUCGCUAUCUGAAGAGGAGUCAUACUAUGCCAUUGUCGCUCUCUCUGCCCGCCAGAUCCUGGCCGCAAACGUCCUCACAGAAUCUGCAGACAACACUACGGGACCAACUAUCUUUCAGAAAGAAAUCUCAUCAGACGGCAAAGUGAACACAGCCGAUGUCAUCUACCCCGCGUUACCUUUCUGGCUCUAUGCAAACCCGGAGCUUCUUCGCUUACUGCUCAAGCCCGUCUUCGAGUUCCAGGAGUCUGGACUCUAUCACGAACGAUAUGCCAUGCACGAUAUCGGGCGCUUCUACCCAAACGCCAUAGGAUACUACAGCUCCACCGUUCCCGAUGAGGAAGGGGAAGAAGCGAUGCCCGUUGAAGAGAGCGCGAACAUGGUUAUUCUGGCAGCUUCGUACUACUUGGCCACCAACGACACCGCAUUCCUUAUUAGCCACUACGAUAUCCUCAAGCGGUGGUCGGAAUACCUCGUAGAAAAUUGCCCAUACCCUGAGCAUCAGACCACGACAGGCAAGUACAAAGCAGCAUAUGACUUCAACGAACCCACUGCCAACAACACCAACCUCGCAAUAAAAGGCAUCGUAGCCCUAAAUUGCAUGGGUGUCAUUGCCCAAGCCAAUGGCGACAGAGGCUAUGGAGCAGGCAGAUGGAUACGCAACGCAUACUUCUACUAUACCCUCUGGUCCGAAUCAGCCAUAGACCCCGCAACCAACCAUACUCUUCUCGCUUACAACCUCCCCGACUCCUACAGCAUCCUCUACAACAUCUUCCCAGCCCUCCUCUUCAACCUGCGCGCAAUCCCCAAAUCUCUCUUCACCAUGCAGUCGGACUUUUACCCGACUGUCGCCCAGAAGUACGGCGUUCCCCUCGAUAACAGACGCCUGUGGACCAAGAGUGAUUAG